CUAUCCGACACAAACGAACGUCUGUUUGGUCUACGUUGGUAGUUAUCGUUUUCAUGUUUUCGCGUGGUAUGAUAUUGUUUAUGUGACUGAGAAAAUAAGCGAUAACUUUUUUCUUGGCAGAAAUAUAGUUUAAAUAGUACUUAUAUCCUUUAGUUAUUUACCAUUUUAAACACUGAUAUAGUUAGUUUUGCUCGCUUCUUUUUUGUUUUUAUCAAAUUUUGUGUUAUGUGGUGAAGUGUAACGUCGUCUAAUGGUGCGCAUUGCGUACCAUUAGCCGGCAAGGUAUAUAAAGGCAUUUUUUAAGUUUUGUGACUGCGUCAUAAAAGGUAAGCAAGCGUUAAACAAACGUCAAAGUAGAGAAAUUGCCAAAGAGAAAACCACGAAAUUGAAAAAAGGUAAAAAAAAAGAAAAUUUUUGAACACAACAGCCCCAAAAUUAUUUCAGAAAGUGAACUGUGCCAUGAUGAUGAGUUGGAGGAUCUCGUGUCAGAUCAAAAUGACUUCUGUGUAUUGUGAUGAUGGUAGCAAAAAAGACGAGUUUGUUGGUCUCUGGUAUGAACAACAAAGGUAUCCAACAAUCCUCGAAAAUUACGGUAAAUGUGUUUCCACGAAAUAUUCACUCAAUAGCGAUGAAUCGAUUGGAAUUAACACCAGAUAUCUUAAUGCAGAAUCAAAUGAAUGGACAAUACUCGAAGGAGUUGGAGUAUCAGACUCGACAACAGGCGAAGCCAAGUUUACAGUAACAUAUAAAAAUCCUGCAUUGACAGCACCUUUUUGGAUUCUUGGUAUAGACUAUGACCAAUUCUUCAUACCUUACUCAUGCAUUAUACAGGACGGACAGGUUGUAGAGAAUCUUUAUAUUCAGACAAGAAGUCUAAAUCCAUCGAAUGACGUGAUCAAUGCUGCCCUCAAAGUUAUCAACGACAACAAUCUUGAUGCCACUUUAUUAUUACAUACUGAUAAAACAUGUGAUUAUUAAUGAGAAUAGAUUUUUGAAGUAUA